AACGAGAUCGUCUUGUUGUGAUGACGUACGCUGCACAAUUUAAAAUUUAGGAAGGGCGUUGCUUGAAUAGGAGCUUCACAUUCCAGGUACCACCAUCCACCCUCGCCACAGUAUGAAGCAGGUAGCUUUUCCCAACCAGGCCUUCUUGCUGGCCUUCAUCAUCACGCUGUUAGAGUUGUCUUUCCCUGCCGUCGCCCAGAGAACAAAUCCCCCCAGACGCGGGGGGAAACCAACGCCGCCUUCCACCAGCCCGUCGGCGAUGGCAGUCCGACUUUCGAUUCUCCAGCUGGACCCCAAGGUCAGGGUCAUCAACUUGUCCGAAGAGAUGCCGGUCCUUUCCCUGCUGGGGGUGUGUGAGGCGACACACAACGCCAGCAACGUCACGUGUCAGGUAAACACCAAACACAUCGAACUCGGUUACAUCACCAACGGCGUUUACAAGAUCAUCCUAGCUGAUCAUCUGGAUCGGGAACACCAGCCGUAUAUCGAUGUCAACAUCACGUGCACGGACAACCGAAAAAACCCGCAGUUCGCCAGCGCGUAUUUUACGAUAAACAUCACCGACGAGAACGACAAUCACCCGGUGUUUUCACAGUCGCGGUACAACGCCAGCGUGGAGGAAAACGUCGAGCCCGGGGCGAUCGUACUGCAGGUCAAAGCAUUGGAUCCCGACGCAGGGGAGAACAGUCAGGUGCGGUACGAGAUCCCUGAGCAGUUUGAGGAUCAGGUCCCUUUCGUCAUCGACGCCGAGAGCGGGGUCAUUUCCACGACGGCGAUGUUCGACCGUGAAGCCGUCAGCAGCUACACUUUCACCGUCGAGGCCGUGGAUAUGGGACAACCGUCACUAAACGGCACGGCGGAAGUGUUCGUGGAAGUCACGGACAAGAACGACAACCCGCCGGUGAUCAAAACGAAGACUCUGCGCACGCGCGAGAACCAAGCCGCCAUGUCUAACGUUGGGGUUCUGUUGGGGAGCGACUUGGACGUGGGUAAAAACGCGGAGCUGUUUUUCAUGAAGGUGGAAGGCGAUGCCACGUCUUCCAUGGCGCCUUUUUUAGUUGAGCCGAACGGGACCGUUUUAUCCGUCGUGCCUUUAGAUCGCGAGCAGAGGUCAAAGUAUCAAAUGACGGUGAUGGUCCGGGACAAAGGGUCGCCUAGGCUGAACAGCACGGCCCUGGUUGAAAUACUGGUAGAAGACGUCAACGACAACCCACCAAUCGUGAGCAGCGAGUGCAUGUUCGACGAUUUCGGACUCACCCUCGACGAUAACUACAUGGACGACAACAGCAGUGACGUCAGCGGUCACCUGAAGGUCGAUUGGCUCUGCCCGAAUAAAAUCAUUCACAAGGUCACCGCUACCGACAACGACAGCGGCGAUAACUCUAAAUUAAACUUCGCUCUGCGCGCGCUCGACACGGGAGAAACCCGCAACCAAACCCAAGGGGAGUUGUUCCAAAUCGACAAGGACACGGGCGCCAUCUCUUUCCGGCGCUGCGUCAACAACGAGGAUACUAAAAUUAACAUAAUUAACGUGACCGUCUCCGACCGGGGCAGCCCGAGUCACGUGACGUACUGCGCCCUGAACAUCACGCUUGACGUGGACAUGUCGAAGCUCCAGGCCGUAUUGAAGUCUCAGUCCACACAGAGCAUCCUCGGUGCCAGGAACUCGGCCAAUGUAAACACGCCCCUCUGGUCAGCUGACCUGAGCGGAAGUCGCUAUUUAACCCUUUGUGUGCUGACAGUUUUGGUGUGUUCACUUUUAAACCGAUGGUAGUUACUUCAUCAUGGUCUAGUUUCACAACAUUUCACUUUGUUUUAUUUGUUUACAUCUUGUUAUUGUUUCUGGUUGGUUAUAAAAUGUGUUCUGUAGUCUAGAGCUGCCAGUUGGGCAAUGCUAGCAGGCAUGUAUCUCAACCUCUAU